GAAUAAGUGCAAUUGAAACUAAAGAUAAUAGUUUAGCAGAUCCAGCUAACUUUGAAUCUGGAAUCCUGGAGUCGAGAAUAAGUAAUUUGGAUUUAUUUAAUGAUAAAUAUUCAGAUACAAGAUCACUUACGAGCCAAACAUGUCAAAAAAAAAAAUUUCCUAAAGCCCCAAACAUUUACAUCACCUGGAUCAAUUUCAAACUUUUCUUUGCCUCCUAAUUCACCUCAGAAAAAAUAUGAGUAUACCUCAAUGAAGACUGAAGCUACAAAUGACUUAGCUUUUUCAUAUUCCAAUAUGGCAAACACAAAAAAUAGUGAUCUUCCGUCGAGUCAUGAUUUAUUAGCUGGUAACAGUUUUCAAUUAAGUAUGAUGAGAGAUAAAAAAGAAUUAUCUUCUUCGAUUAAACAUAAAAUGGAUUAUCCUUUUUCAAUGACUGAAAGAACCAAGCCGUGGGAGUUGAAUAAAUCAGCAAAUUCCACGAGCACUCCCAAAAAAACCUCUAGAUUUAGUACAUUAAAUGAUAAUAAAUUUGAUAAGAAAGAUGAUAAUUUGAUUAAUUUAUCUACUCCGGUGAAUUUAAAUCCUUCAAGAGAAGUUAAUGGAAAAAAUAGUCAAAGUAAAAAUAUGAAUGAUUCAGAAAUGACUGCUGGUCCUCAACCAUGGGAAUCUCAGAAACUACUAACUCUUUCAGAUUUCUGGGCUCCAGAUUCAACGAAAAGCGAAGUAGAAAAAUUACAAAUAAAAUUAGAAGAAGAAAAAUUUCGUCGAGAGCACUGUGAACAAUUAAUUCAAGAGCUCCAAAAAAGGCUAUUAGAACAGCAAGAGAAAGUGGCAGUAGCAAUGAGAGUUGAUAAAGAUAAGAGUGAUAUUAUUUCGCAAUUUCAAACUGUAUGGAGUAAAUUCAAAGUCCGUUGGAAUUCUUUGGAGGCAGAUCAUAAUCACUUACAAGAAAAUGUAAAAGAUAUUAAAUUGAAACAUGACAAAGAAAUUGAAGCAUUUUUAAAUAAAUUAAAGCACAAAGAUGAAGAAAUUAUUAAAAGCAAUCAAUUAGUUAGAGAAAUGGAGGAAAAAUAUGAUAAAGUAGUCAAAGAAAAAAUAGGUUUACUUGAAGAUCAUGCGAAUGAAUUAGAAAAAUAUAAAUCCUUAGUUGAAGCUGCAGAGGGUCGUUAUGAAACACUCAAAUUAGAGUUUAAUAAAUUGAAUGAAACUAAUCAGCAGUUGGAAGAGACUACGAAAAAUAUUCAACAAGAAUUAUAUAAAGAGCGGUUGAAAAAUGGAGAAGUACGAACUGAAAUGAAUGUAAUUCAUAAAGCACUAGAUACAUGUGAAGCUGAAUUAAUCGUAUUACGUCAGGAGAAAGAAAAUUUGCAGUUGAAAUUGAAAGAAGAGGAAGGUCGCGUUAAUAUUUUAGAGAAAAAUAAAAUUAUGUUAUUAGAAGAAUUGAAUAACGCCAAAAAGGCUGAGAAUCUCGUAAAGGAGGAAAUGAAGAAUCUUAUCGCACAACAAGAAGCAAAAAAAACUGAAUUACGUGACGUCUAUCAAAAGCAACUUGAUGAAGUAGUAAAUACAAAGUUAAAGGAGUUUGAAGCGCAGUUAGAUGCUGCAGAAUUGAAUUUUCAAAUAGAAUUGGAGUCAAAGCAACGUGCCAUAGCUGAAUGUGCGGCAAGGAAAAUUAAGACUGUUAUUGACAAACAUCGUUUAGAGGUAAACCUUCUAGAAGAGAAACAUAAAGAAGAAAAAAAGUUGUUUGAUAUUCGUUUAUCGCAAACGACUAAAAAAGCAUUGGCUUACGAAGCACAGUUGAACUCAUAUCAAAAUGCGAAGUCACGACUAGCCGAACAACUUCAUUCACUCAUGGAAAAACAGUAUCAUCAAGCAUUACAGAUAUUAUCAAGAAACGGAGAUAACUUUGAUUUAUCACAAUGUACAAAUGGCGAUAAAUCUUUCGAAGUAUUGAAUUUUAUGAAAAAUGCCAACUACGGUAAGGGAAUACCGUGUUUAGAGCCAAUGAAAUCGAAUGCCAAUAAGACUGAUAAAAAUAAAAAAGACUAUUCAGAAGCUGGCCAAAAUUACAAUGAAAGCUUAGCAACUUAUAUUUCUAGUGAUGAUUCACCUGGAACAAGACAAGUUGAUUCAAAAGAUGAUCUUAAAAAAUAUAUAAAAAUGAUUUUACAAAUGCAUCAAUCACAAAAAUCUUCAGCAGAUUCCAAUGGAAUUGAUCAAAAUUCCAGCUCAAAUCCUGUCGGAAGAGAAGUUCCACGUAAAUUUUACAUGAAAGCUGAAUCAGAUAAUUCAAAUGAUGAGAAUUCUUCACAAAAAAUUGCUGAAGAAACAAGUACUACAAUUAAUACUGAUAGACUUAAUUAUUCUAGGAAUACAUGACGUAUGAAAAAAAUAAAUGUCGGACAUCUAAUCGAGGAGUAACGACAGAAAAAACGAAGCCACCAUGGAAAUGAAAUUUAUAAAUAGAGUCUAUGAAUAAUGAACUUCAGUACAAACUUAAUUAUACCAGUAGAAAAUUUUAAUUAUAAUCAUAUACUGUUAAAGAAGGAUUACCUCAUACUUUUAUAAAUAAUCAUUUUUACAUUUUUCUAA